CGCGGCUCCUCCCCGCCCGGCCAGAGGGAGCCGGGAAACCGGGAACAGGGAACGGGAGAGAGGGGGGGGAACGGGCGGUUCGAAACGAGCAGCGCCGGGGGAGGAGGGCGGGAGCCGCGCCGGAGGUAAGCGGGGGGUCGCAACGGGAGACACCCCCUCCCCUAAAAAACCCCUCCCGAACCCCGGCCGGCUCUGCGCUGCCUCCCCCGCCCCCGGCUCUGCCGAGCCCCCGUCCCUCCCCGGUCCCGGGGCGAGCACCCCCUUCCCCGGAGCCUGUGCCCCCCCAUCCCGGUGUCUGUGCCCCCCCACACUCCGGGGUUCUGAUGGUCCAGGGGCUCUGAGCACCCCCUUUCCCCGAGUGCUGCCCGCUGCCGGCCCCCGGGGGUCUGUGGCCCCUCCGGCCCGGUGCUUGUGCCGCCCAUCGCGGUGUGUGUGUGCCCCCCCUGUCCCGGUUCAUGCCUACCCGGUGUCUGUGCCCCUCCCUCCCUCCCCAUCCCGGUACAUCCCCAUCGAUCCUGGUGCCCAUGCCCGCUCCUGCCCGGUGCCCGUGCCCCCCCCCCCAUUAUCCCUGUGCCCACCCUGCGUCUCUGUGCCCCCUUCCCUCCCCCCAGUCCCCGUGGGUGCCCACCCCUGCCCGCUGCCUGUGUCCACCCGCCCUUCAUGCCGGUGCAUCCCCCCCCAUCCCGGUCCAUGCCCACCCUUGCCUGUUCCCUCCCCCCAUCCCGAUCCAUGCCCAUCCCGGCACACGUCCCUCCCCCCGGCUUGCCCGCUCCGUGUGUCCCCCUCCCUCCCUGCCUGCCUCCCUCCCUGCCCGUGCCCGUCCCCCGCCCCUCGCACACGUGCCCUGCCCGGUGCCGCCCUCCGCGGCAGGCCCGGGCACCCUCCUCCUCCUCCUCCUCCUCCUCCUCCUCCUCCUGCUCCUCCCGUGCCUCCAGCCCUGCCAUCUUCCCCACGUGCCCCGCACACGGGAACACCCGCGGUCCGUGCCGUGAAUCCCUUGUGCCCGCAGUCCCUGCCACGAAUCCCUGUGCCCGCUCGCUCCUCCCGGGGCGCCGUCACCGCUCCCAGAAAGUGCCAACUCCCUCCCUUUCCCUUCCCGGCUGCCCCUCGCUGCCGGCGGCUCCCCGAUGCCUCGGGGAAGUCGCUCUGCCCUCGCCGGCACCAAAAACAUGGAUACGGUCGGGAGCGCGACCUCCAAAUGCGUUUUCCUCCCGAAUCGUUUUCCCUCCGGAAUCGCCCGGCGUGGAUGAGGGUCAGGGAGCCUUUCUUCCCCCGUGGUGACACAUCCCUGGGCAUGACCCAAGCUGUGAAACGAGGUGGAAUUAGGAGGAAACUCCUGGAAGCGCUUGUUUUGUGUUAUUGUCCGGGAGCGUCGGGAUUUUUUGGUUCCGACUCGGGCUCGGCAGGUCCUUGUCGCCUCUUGGUUUAAUACAGGCCCAAACUCUGUAAAAACGAGAGAUCCCUGUGGAUAUAUCCCUGUGGAUAUCUCCUUUCCCAGUCACACGGGGCAGGAGCGCGGUUUGGAAAGAGCUUCGGGAUAUUUUGGGAUGAGAAGGGGCUUUUUUGGAAACCGAGAGCCGGGAGAGGGGAAAAACCGGGCUCGUUAUCAGUUCUUGGCAGCAGCGUUUGGGGUCUGUUGUAGCCUGGACUUUUUGUGGUCCAGGUUGUUGAUCCGUGGCAGGAGUUAGGCUGGAUUUGAGGAGACCUACCAGCAUUUAUCCAUAAAAAAAAAACAACAGGGAAAAAACCGGGUUGUGCUCUAACUGCACGUUCUCUGGAGAGGGGAUUUGCGCCGGUGGUCCCGGUCGUGCAGCAGGGAAAGCGGGAGCUGCCUUUCUCCCGGCAAACCCCGGGCCAACAGGAGCCGGGAUGAGCACUGGGACACCCUCCCCGCUUUUACCACGUCCCCUUCCUUGCUAAUCCAGGCAUUCCUCGUUUGCCAAACGGCGCUCCCGCUUUCCCAAAGCCGGUUCCCGGGCACAAGGGGCUGACGUUUCCUCCCCCCCCCCCCCCUCCAGGGUGGAGAGCUGGAAAAACGCCGGCCAAAAAUACACGCCCGGGCGUCGCGGAGCAGGGGAAUAAUUUUGGGAUCUGUGCCGGCUCUGACCCCUGCGGCGCGUGAUUGGGAACAGCUGGGAGGGCUCCGGAGGCAGCGUGGCCUCCCCGGGCCCCGCCUGCCUUCCCAAGCUCCCGCUCCUCUUCUCGCUCCCGUGUUUUGGGACGUGGAUGGAGGAGAAGGAUUAUUUUUUUUUGGCCUCGGUGUUUUCUCCCCGCCCCCGGGGCGCCCCAAAUGGGAUCCGGGCGGUUCAACGGUCCGCCGGGAGCAGAUGUGGCUCCGAAAAGUUUGGGAGGGUUUUCCUUCCCCCCUCUCUCCUCCUUCCCGCUCCAUUCCCGGGCCGGAGGAGGCGGGAGGGGGGGAAGGAAGAGGGAAGGCCAAGCGAAAAGCCCGAAGGAAAUGAGAAGCAGCCUCUCCACCUUCGGCGCUGCCCUCCUGGCUGCCCGCCAGGAGCUGCCUCGGAGCCGGGCGGGAAGGCGGCCGAGAUCCGGCACCGGUUUUCCACGCUCCCAAAAUCCCGGGAUAUGUCCCGGCGCUGAGGUUUUUUCCCGGUGGAUACGGGAGGAAACGUGUGGGGCGGUCGGUGCCGGCGGAGGGACUUCGCUCUGGGAUGUGCCACCUCCGUGUCCCGCUCCCGGCCUUCCCGGUGUCCCUUCGGAUGAGCGAUUCCCGCGUGGAUUCGUCAGGAAAACACACAAAAAAAGAACGGGUUCAAGGGCACCCCCCCCCCCCCCGUACGCUGCGAAAUCCCGAAAUCCGGCGUAUUCCCGGGCGGGGCGAGAUGAGAGGGAAGCCGGGAGAGCGGCCGCUUUGAUCCCGCUCCAGAGGGAAGGUGCCGCCGGCAGCGAAAUCCCUGCGGGCAGCCCUGGCACGAGGUGCUUUUCCCUGGCAUGCCCCUGAUCCCGCUUCACGCCCCGUCCCGCUCUUCCUGCUCCGUCCCUUUGCGGCUCCCCCCGGUCGCUGUUAAUUUUCUACCCGGGAUUCCGGGGCGGGACGGAGCGAGCGGAGCGCGUUCGGUUAUCCAUAAAACCCCCCCCCGCGAAUCCCGGGAAGUCCUUUGAAGCGGGACGUGGCUCGGAGUAACCUUUCUUGGGACGGCUCCAGAGCUCCCUGUUCUGCCUGUGGGAGGCUUUUCUCAUCCGAGAUAAUCCCGGAAAACCCCCCAAAACAAGGUGGCAUCUGCCGUUAAAAACGCUGUCGCUCGGUGACAGAGCUGCCGGAGCCGUUGGAUUUAGCAGGGAUGUGGCUGGAUACAUCCCGUUCCCAUGGGUUAAAGAUCAUCACAGAGAAACACUUCGGGAUAAAAACGCUCCCGAGUCUCCCUUUUCCAACAGAGCAGGGCAGGAGGAUGCUCCCGUUUUGCCGCCGGAUCCGCUCUGGGAGGGCCGGGCGCGAGGAGAAACCUUUCCCGAAAAGGGGAGCGUUGGAAUUCCCAGCUGGGAAGGGGCGCCGGGUUUUGCUGACGGGAGAGUUUUUCAGGGCAGGGAAUUGCAGGAUGCGCCGGGCACGGGCCCAAGUCUGGAGGUCAGGGUUGAAGCGGGAGAGGCGGGAAGAGCCGCGGCGGCCUCGGGAUCGCGGCGGCUCCGGAGGGAACGUCGGCUCCCGGCGCUGUCCCGAUGCAUCCACAGGCUUUCCUUUGGGCUGGGGAAAAGGGAACAAAACAUCCCUGUUUUGUCCCCAGAAGGAUUUAGAAGCGACCACGAGGCCGAGCUGCGGGUUGAUGGGAGCUCAUUCCCGAGGAAUCUCGGUGCCUGGGAGCGCAGGGCUUUCCCGGCUCCCAUUGAUGGUGUCGGGAAGACGCCGGCUGAGCUCCGUGGUCAGAAAGGGACCAGGCAGGAAGGGACCUGAGGGUUUGGAUCGACAGGAAGCUGAACAUGAGCCAGCAAGUGUGCCCAGGUGGCCUAGAAGGCCGAUGGCAUCCUGGCCUGGAUCGGGAACAGCGUGGCCAGCAGGACUUAGGGAAGUGGUUCUUCCCCUGUUCUUGGCACUGGCGAGGCCUUGCUGUGAGUGCCUUGUCCAGUUCUGGGCCCCUGAAUCCAGGAAGGACAUGGAGGUGCUCAGAGAAGGGCAGUGGAGCUGGUGAAGAGUCUGGAGCACAAGUCCUGUGAGGAGCAGCCGAGGUAACCGGGGUUGUUUAUCCCGGAGAGGAGGAAGCUCAGGGGAGACGGGAAAGGAGGUUGUAGCCAGAUGACCGUCGGUCUCUUGUCCCAGGCAACAAGCAAUAGGCAAGAGGCCACAGUCUUGUGUCCAGAGGAAGUUUAGGUUGGACAUUAGGAAGAAGUUCUUCACAAGGAAGAGCGAUCGGGCAUUGGAAUGGGCUGCUCGGGAGGUGAUGGGGUCACCACCGUUCCCGGAGAUGUUCAAGGAAAGACUGGAUGUGGCACUGAGUGACAAGGUGGUGUUCGGUCCUGGGUCGGACUCGAUGAUCUCGGAGGUCUUUCCCAGCCCGGUGGAUUCCGUGCUUCUGUGACGUCCCCGUGUCCCUCUCCCCUCAGUGCCAUGGCGACCGCGCUGUCCCGGCGUCUGGGGAAGCGCUCCCUGCUCGGCACCCGCGUCCCUGCCGACGGGAUGCAGGUCCCGGGGUUGCAGCCCGAGCCGGGCCGGGCUCCCGCCGCCCCCGAGGACGGAUCCUGCGCGCUCUCCGCGGAGGAGAACGGCCGGGCUCCCGGAUUCCCCGGCCUCCGGCAGCUCCACUCCGGGCAGCAGGUCCUCCCCACCUCCAGCGGGCAGGAAUGUGAGCGGGGGAAGGUGCUGCUGCCAGAGCAGGGCUCGCAGGGCUGCUGGAGGGUGCAGGACACGCUCCAACCUCCCGCCGAGAUCCUGCAGAGAUCCGUGUCCAGCAGCAUCGACGUUCCCAAGAGGAAAGGCGACGCCGCCGUGGAGAUGGACGAGAUGGUGGCGGCCCUGGUGCUGACGAGCCUGUCCUGCAGCCCCGUGGUGCAGAGCCCUCCCGCCGGCGAGAGCGGCCUCCCCCCCUCCCGGGCGUCCUGCGAUCCCUGGAAGGAGAGCGGGGACGUCUCGGACAGCGGGAGCAGCACCACGAGCGGGCACUGGAGCGGGGCCAGCGACAUCUCCACGCCCUCGCCCCCGCACCCCGCCGGCAGCCCCAAAUACUCCGGCGAGGCCCUGAGCUCCCCCCGGGCCGACGACGGCUUCGAGACCGACUCCGACCCCUUUCUCCCCGAGGAACCCGCCCCCCGCAAGAGGAAGAACUCGCUGAGGGUGAUGUACAAGUGCCUGUGGCCGAGCUGUGGGAAGGUCCUGCGCUCCAUCGUCGGCAUCAAGCGGCACGUCCGGACCCAGCACCUGGGGGACGGCGCUGACUCGGAGCCGCGGAAGCGGGAGGAGGAUUUUUACUACACCGAGGUGCAGCAGGCCCUGGCGCAGCCGGAGCCGCUCCUGCUGGAGCAGCCGGCGCUGGAACCCGCCCUGGCCGGCGCCGCCCUCAGCCAGUCGGCCCCCGGCUCCUUCUGGCACAUCCAGGCGGAUCACGCCUACCAGGCGUUGCCCUCCAUCCAAAUCCCGGUGUCCCCCCACAUCUUCACCAGCAUCAGCUGGGCCACCGCCACCUCCACCCUCCCGUCCCUGUCGCCGGUCCGGAGUCGGUCGCUGAGUUUCAGUGAACCCCAAACGCCGCUGCUCAAAUCCCACCUGAUCGUCGCCUCCCCGCCCCGCGUGCCCGUGGGCACCAGGAAAGUCCGCGGCGAAGCCAAGAAGUGCCGCAAGGUUUACGGCAUCGAGCACCGGGACCAGUGGUGCACGGCCUGCCGCUGGAAAAAGGCCUGCCAGCGCUUCCUGGACUGAACCGGGGCAUCCCUUUGCCACUUCCCAUUCCCGUCCCUGCCCCGGGGAGCACCGGAAUCCCUCCCUGCUGCAACCAGGGGAACAUGGAAGUACCUCCCGGGGAGCCUCCGGAGCCGGAGCCGCGCGAAAACUCCUCCUCAAACUCCUCCUCCUCCUCCUCCUGCUGGGUUUGCUCUUUUUAUAACCAAGAAAACCCUUUUCCCACCUUUUUUUUUGGUUUUUAAACCACCUUCCCUUUGGACUGGGAUCGGGAAGGGAGGGAGUUGAUCCCUCUUGGGGAGGGCCAAAGAGCUCCUCAAAUUUUCCCAGGUCGACCCGAAAAAUCCCUGGAACCUCUGGCUUGGGAAGGGAGAGGGGGAGGGUUUGAGGCACCUUCCCGUGUCUUUGACUGCCUGGAAAGUGCAAAUCCCUCUUUUCCUUCAAGGAAAAAGGGGGGUCGGAAACGGCGACAGCUUUAAAAAGGAAAACGCCACGAGGAAGUCGGGAGCGGAUUUUGGGAGCGGAUUUUGGCAGGAGUUGGAACUUUCCGUCCCUGCUCCCGUCACCUCCUGCACCUCCAGAAAACCCCACUCGAAAUAUUUGAAGCAGGGGGAAAAAAAAAAGAGAGAUUUUAGGGCAAAAGGUGGUUUUCCUCCUCGUUUUUAGGCUUUUGUGAGUCCGUUCAACUCCCGGGAAAAAAUCUCCUUGCCGUGUCCUCCAAAGCCAGGCCGAGCAAGUCGGGUGGAUUUAAUUAAGAUUCCAGCAGCUGGGAAGGGCUGGGAAGGGUUUUCCUUGGCAUCCCAGUUCUCCAAAACACUCCAGCACAAAACCAUGGAAUGGUUUGGGUUGGAAGGGACCCUAAAGACGAUCCGGUUCCGACCCUUUGCCGCGGGCAGGGAAUGUUUCCUCUUGGAUCCCGUGGAGUCAGUCGGCUCAUCCCUGGAUGAGCGUCGCGAGCUCGGCCUGGUUUUAAGGAUUUCAAGGGUCGGUUUUCCUUAAAAAAAGCGAAUCAAGUGGUUGGGAGAGUCAGACAUUUCUCCCACAUCUCCACGAGCCUUGUUUUUGGAGGAAUCAGGUUCCCAGAUCUCCAAGAUUUUUUAAGGGAUCCCAUCAAGCCCGGUGGGAAUCAGUCGGCUCAUCCCUGGAUGCGUCAUGAGCUCAGCCUGGUUUUAGGGAUUUCAAGGGUCAGUUUUCCUUAAAAAAAAGCAAAUCAAGUGGUUGGGAGAGUCAGACAUUUCUCCCACAUCUCCACGAGCCUUGUUUUUGGACGGAUCAGGUUCCCAGAUCUCCAAGAUUUUUUUAAGGGAUCGAGUGAAGGGAAGCGCCCAGAGAUCCAUCUCCGUGUUUCCCGUGGGUUUUCGGGGCGGGUUUUUGGUUAUUUUGUAAUUUACCAAGUGUAGCAGCCGAUCAUCCCCCGGCCUGAUCCUCUCUCCCAGCUCGAAUCCCAAAGGAGAGAAGAGUUUUUUCCUUCUUGGGAGCGGGAAUGUUGGGAAAGGGCCUUUUCCUCUCCCUCCAGCGGGUCGAGUUUUGUGGCAAAAAAAUGACUUUUUUUUUUUUAAAUAUGAACCCCCAGCACUUCCUGCCCUCCAGCCUUUCCAUCCUGUGUCGCCUCAGGAAAGUUCAGCCUCUUUUCCAGGUGUAGUGUUUUUUUUUUUUUUAUGGGAGUCCCUCAAAUUUUUUAAAGGAUUUUAAAAAAAAAAAAAAAUUCCGAGAGGCUCCAAGAGCACAAGAAAAAAAAAAAAAAAAAGAUGAAUUUCUGCUUUUCCUUGCACCUCGUGCCUUUAUCCCUGGGACUCUGAGACACCUUCCCCCCCUCCAGGCAAAGCUGGAGAUUUUAUCCAGGUUUUUUUAUGCCCUUUCUGCCCCGGAUGGAUCCAGAGGCGGCUCCGGAAUCAGGGAAUCGAAGGAAGCCCUUGGAAUGGGCCUCAUCCCGGCCCUUCCCGGCGGGAUUGUCGCUGGAGGGAGCUCAGGUGCCCGAAAAUUCAAGCAAAAAUCACUGGGUUUCUGUUAAAAGGCUCUUUUGAAAAUUAUAUAUAUAUAUAUAUAUAAAAUAAGGAAGGAAAAGGUCUUGGCUCUGGAAAAAAACAUUCCCGGGUGAUCCAGGGGGCUGGUGGGACACCCCCAGCCCAGGCAGUGCCUCCUCCUGCUCCUUUUUUUUCCCUCCUCCUUUCCCCCCCCCCCCCCCGCUCUUUUUUUCCCGCCUUUUUUUCCCGCUCUUUUUUUCUCCUUUUUUCCUCCUCCUUUUUUUUCCUCCUCCUCCUUUUUCCUCCUCCUCCUUUUUCCUGCUCUUUUUUCCCACCCUUUUUUCCUGCUCUUUUUUCUCCUCCUUUUUUCUCCUCCUUUUUUCUCCUCCUUUUUCCUCCUCCUUUUUCCUCCUCCUUUUUCCUCCUCCUUUUUUCCUCCUUUUUUUUCCUCCUUUUUUUCUCCUCCUUUUUUUCCUCCUCCUUUUCCUGCUCUUUUUUCCUCUCCUUUUUUUCCUGCUCUUUUUUUCUCCUCCUUUUUUUCUCCUCCUUUUUUCCCUCCUCCUUUUCCUGCUCUUUUCCCCCCCUUUUUUUCCUGCUCUUUUUUCCCCCUCCUUUUUUCCCUCCUCCUUUUUCCUCCUCCUUUUUUCCUCCUCCUUUUUUUCCUCCUCCUUUUUUUCCUCCUUUUUUUCUCCUCCUUUUUCCUCCUCCUCCUUUUCCCUCCUCCUUUUCCCUCCUCCUUUUUCCUCCUCAUUUUUCCCGCUCUUUUUUUCCUGCCUUUUUUCCUGCUCUUUUUUCUCCUCCUCUUUUCCCUCCUCAUCUUUUUCCUCCUCCUUUUUCCCUCUUCCUUUUUUCUCCUCCUCCUUUUUUUCCUCCUCCUCCUCCCACAUCUCAGAGCACUUACCUGCCUGGCAGGGAAUUCCCUGGCAUAGGAAUGUUUGAUCCCAGCCUUUGACCAGGAGUGGGAAGUGCAUCCAGCUGCUUUCCCGAGGGUUUUUUUUGCGGUACAGACUCCACUGGACAAAAUUUGUCCUUAAAGCUCGUGGCUCUUUCCUGUUUGGUUUUUUUUUUAAUUAUUAUUAUUUUUUAUAAUUUUUUAAUGGACAGACUGGUGCUGGGGAGGGCAUUUUUCCCUUUUGGAAUUCCUCUUUUGGAAUUUUUACACUUUUAAACCAGAAAAAUCUUGUCUUUUUACAGAAAUAACAGGACCUUUCCACCGUGUCCAUCGGGUUGGUUGACAUCGGAUUUUCUAACAUUUCUAAUUUUUUCACCUCCUUUCCCAAUUUUUCCUGUUGUUUUUUAACUCACUUCCCAAAACCACUGUCGGAUUUUCCUCCCAACACUUGAGUGGUCUCCAAAACCCCCUUUUUUUUUCUUUUUUUGGGCUCCAACUGGAAAUCCAACUGGGAAAGUUUUCCCUCAUCCACCCGCCCAGAGCUCGUCCGUGUCCGUAUAUAGGAACCUCUUAAUUGGGCACUAAUUAAUUGGAGGCUGCUCUCCCAUUUUUCCAGCCAGGAUACUCUUCCUAGAUUUUUUUUUUUAGCACAGGGGGGAGAUUUGGUGGCAGCAGGGAAGGGGUUGGGGACACUUUUUGUCACCGUGGCCGUGCCACCGGUGCCGUAUCUGGCGGCUUCCCCGUCGGCGUCGGAGCUUUUUCUCGACUUGUCUUCCGAGGAUUAUUUUUAUUGUUUAAAAAAAAAAACAAACAA